AUGCUGAUGGCAUUCUUUGCAGGCGGCCACUGUUUGCUCGAAGGCGUGCCCGGGCUCGCUAAAACCUUGACGAUUAAGACACUUGCCCAAAUCCUCAAUCUUCAGUUCAAGCGAAUUCAGUUCACGCCAGAUCUAAUGCCCGCCGACAUUACUGGCACAGACGUUUUGGAAGAGGAGCGCUCCACGGGUCAUCGGGAGAUCCGUUUUAUCCAAGGUCCCAUAUUUGCCAACAUUUUGCUUGCCGAUGAAAUCAACCGGACCCCACCCAAGACUCAAGCUGCAUUACUCGAAGCAAUGCAGGAGUAUCAUGUCACAGCGGGUGGCACUAUGUAUAAUCUGGAACAACCGUUCUUCGUCCUUGCCACACAGAAUCCGAUUGAGCAGGAAGGCACAUAUCCACUGCCAGAGGCACAAUUAGACCGUUUCAUGUUUAAGAUCGUGAUCGACUAUCCGAGCGAGGAGGAGGAGGUCACGAUUGUUUCCUCGACGACCAGCGUUGAUGAACCCGAACUUGAAACUGUGCUUACUGGCGAGGACAUCAUAACCCUUAAUCAGAUUGUCCGGCGGGUUUCAGCUGCUGAUAACGUUGUACGGUAUGCGGUCAGGUUGGCACGGGCAACCCGUCCCAAAAGCAAAGAUGCCCCAGAUUUCAUCCAACAGUGGGUCAGGUGGGGUGCGGGCCCCCGGGCGGGACAGUACCUAAUCCUUGGUGCGAAAGCACGCGGCAUCCUACGGGGGCGUGUGAAUGCGUCUAUAGAAGACGUUAAAUCGGUGGCGCACGCCGUUCUCCGGCAUCGCGUACUCACCAAUUUUCACGCAGAAGCUGAAGGCGUUGAUUCCGAUGUUGUAAUCACCCGAUUGUUGGAUACAGUCCAAGAACCGGCGGUACGGAUGUAA